CUUUCCUCAAAUAGAAUAUAGAAUGUUAAUUCUUUGAGAUUUCCAGAGCGCUAAGCGGGGAAACAUCUGCUUUUGACAGAAUCACAAGCAGCUGGACGACCUGAGAGCACCACUGAUUUUACAACUGAUGGAUUUGUCUCGACUCGACAGUCCUGAAGAUUCUUUCUGGACAAAAGAGAAAAACACGAGGCGAUGGAUUCAGGACGUUUGCUGCACGUCAUCUUCCUGUGAAGCCGUGACUGAGUGCUGUCUCCUUCCAGCCCUGCAGUGAUGCCAUGAGGCUGAUUCUGGUCAAACCCACCAACGCAACGCGGCGUCUCGACUCCACGGCCGAUGGGGGCCACGCCCCCUCAGGAGGUCCGGCCACCAAAGCUCCUGACGGGAUGCGUGAUCGAUGCUCGGGUACCUCUGGGGAAGCAUCUUCCUCCCCGCAAGAGACGAGUCUGUGCGGCGCGUCGUCCUCGCCCUGCCAGAGGUCUAUUGGAGUCAGUCCACCACGAGACUCGGUCCAGACGUCGCCAAUGAACCCCAGAAACCUGACCCUCUCCCAGCUGAGUGACCAGGACUGGCUGCUGCUCUGCGGCCAGGUGAGCGGUGUGGGAGGAGAGUCUCCGCCAGCGGAGGCGGCCGGCUCCAGCGUGGGACGCCCGGCGCAGCGUGACCGAUGUGGCUGUUCCUGUCCGGAUGCUCACCAACCGCCAACGGCCUCGACUCUUCAUCCUCUAGCUAAACGAGUCCAGCAGGACUGUCUCUCCAGAGCCGCGAACAAGAAAAGCCUUCCGUCGUCGCCACACACUCAGCCCCUCCCCCAAAGCACCUGCCAGGUGUUACCGCAGCCAGCCAACCACAGGGACCUCCUGAAGCCGAGCCUUCCCCCGGAGGACUUCCUGCUGCACUGCAGUGACCAGGAGUGUCAGAGGAAGCUCUUCCAACAGCAGCCGUGCAAUCAUUUCCAACUGAAAGACGGCAACCAGGCAACUUUACUCAACAUUCCUCUGAACUCCAUCCAGUGCGUUGAGACCAAUCCGAAGCUCCACCGGCAGCCUCCGCCUGCAGACUUCAACUGGAGGGAGCUGUUUGGCAAAGAGCCGCUGUUGGUUGGUCAGAAAGCAGACUCCAUGAGCGCGGACCCGACCUGCAGGUCCCCCGGAGACCCCUCCGUCGUCCUCAAGUGUCGACAUCUCCCCUGCAACCCUCUGACCCCGCGGGCGCAGAGGCCGUCGCCUCCGGCCAGCAACACCAGCCUCCAGUCCUUCUGCAGCUCGCUGGAGAACCAGGACGUCGGGACAAAGAGAGCCAGACAGCGGCAGAGCCAGACGAACCCUCAGCUCCUCAGUAGAUCCAGACUCUCCCUCCACAAACACCUUCCUCCACCUUCCUCCUCCGCCUCGGACGCCGGAGACAUCGCCAACGGGGACGCCGUGCGCCCGCCGAGCGGCCACGAGCAUCAUCUGAGAUCCAGUCUGGCGGAUCUGCACUCGGGUCAACAGCCUCUGCAGCUUCUGCACAGUGCCGUCCUCGAGGACGCCUUCUCCAAGGUCAGCAGAGAGGACUCCAGUAAGGCCAACAGUGAGAACGAGGCCAGAGAGGAAGGCAGCGCACCACAGAAGAAGACCAAGGACAUCAGCUACCGGCUGGGCCAGAGGAAAGCUCUCUUUGGGAAGCGCAAGCAGCUGAGUGACUACGCCUUGGUCUGCGGGAUGUUCGGCAUCAUCGUGAUGGUCAUCGAGACUGAGCUGUCCAGAGGGCUCUACAGCAAGGAAUCCAUGUGCUCGUAUGUCCUGAAAGGCCUCAUCAGCAUCUCCACUGCUCUCCUUCUUGGACUCAUUGUGAUGUACCAUGCAAGAGAGAUCCAGCUCUUCAUGGUGGACAACGGAGCCGACGACUGGAGGAUAGCCAUGACCUUGGAGCGGAUCCUCUUCGUGGCCUUUGAGCUGCUCAUCUGUGCCAUCCAUCCCAUCCCGGGCCAGUACGUGUUCACCUGGACCGCCCGGCUGGCCUUCAGCUACACGGCGGCGGACACCGACAUCGACAUCAUCCUCUCCGUGCCCAUGUUCCUGCGCCUCUACCUCAUCGGCCGGGUCAUGCUGCUGCACAGCAAGCUGUUCACGGACGCCUCGACCUGCAGCAUCGGGGCGCUCAACAAGAUCAGCUUCGACACGCGCUUCGUGAUGAAGACCCUGAUGACCAUCUGCCCCGGCACCGUGCUGCUGGUCUUCAGCGUGUCCUGCUGGAUCAUCGCGGCGUGGACCGUGCGAGUCUGCGAGAGGUACCACGAUGCUCAGGAGGUCACCAGCACCUUCCUGGGAGCCAUGUGGCUCAUCUCCAUCACCUUCCUGUCCAUCGGCUACGGGGACAUGGUCCCUCACACCUACUGCGGGAAGGGGGUGUGUCUGCUGACGGGGAUCAUGGGCGCCGGCUGCACCGCGCUGGUGGUCGCCGUCGUCGCAAGAAAGUCAGAACUCACCAGAGCCGAGAAGCACGUCCACAACUUCAUAAUGGACACGCAGCUCUACAAGGAGGUGAAGAACACAGCAGCCAACGUGUUGAGGGAGACGUGGCUCAUCUACAAAAACACCAAGCUGGUCAAGAAGGUGGAUCGCUCCAAAGUUAGACACCAUCAGAGGAAGUUUCUGAAAGCCAUCCACCAGUAGGCUGAGACGAGUGAAGAUGGAGCAGAGGAAGCUG